AUGGACUUGAACAACGAGCGUGAACAAAACAGAAAAAAAAUGGACGAUGAAGAAGCGCCAAUGAUUUAUGGUGUCGAAUUUCAGGCUCGUUCUUUAUGUGCUGUCGCACCCACGGAGGAUGAUACAAUUCGUUUUUUAGUGGGUACACAAUCAUUAAGAUUUAAUAAUCAAGUACAUUAUCUUGAAUAUGAUGAAGAAAAUCAAUCAUUAUCAAAAUCGAUUUAUUCUCAUCGUGCUGGAGAAAUAUGGAAAUUACAAGCUGCACCAACAGAUAAAAAUAUUUUUGCUACAAUCUAUAAUAAUGUUCAAGACACAUCUGUCGUUCAAAAAUGUUCAGUUUGGGAAAUACCGCAACAAACAAGUGCAGGUGGAACAACAAUAGAUGAUUCUCAAAUUCAUCAACCACUACAGAAACGUUUCGAUCUUCAAAUACCAAAUGCAACACCGACAAAUGUCGUUGAUGUAGCCUGGGAACCAAAUAAUUCAUCUGGAGAUCGAAUGGCUACAAUUAAUGAAACAAAUUUAACCAUAUGGAAUAUUCAACAGGACGCGCCAGAAAUUGUAUCUACCGGAACAGUGGACAGUAAAAGUUCGUUAAAAUUUUAUUGUUGUCGUUGGAAUCCUCAUCAAGGUACUCAACAAAUAUCGACAUCAAUUGGUCCAAAUAUUCGUGGUUGGGAUUUAAGAACAAUGAAAGUUAGUUAUCAAAUUGAUUCAGCUCAUCCUCCAUUUGUACGUGAUAUUGACUAUAAUCCAAAUCGUCAAUAUUAUAUAAUGACAUGUGGAGAUGAUUGUAAAGUGAAAUUUUGGGAUUUAAGGAAGACAACCGAAUGUUUAAAAGUUCUUAAUGAACAUUCACACUGGGUUUGGUCAGCUCGCUAUAAUCACUUUCAUGAUCAAUUAAUCGUUACAUCAAGUAGUGAUACACGUGUCAUGCUAUUUAAUAUUUCAAGUUUAUCAUCUGAACCUUAUGGAAGUUUAGCAUCAUCAAAUGACGUACAAGAUGAAAGCGACGCAAAAGACACGCAAAUAGUACCAACAGAUGAUGAAAAAGAAGAUGAUCGAUUAUUGAAAAUUUAUGAAGAACAUGAAGAAAGUGUAUAUUUAGCUGAGUGGUCAUCGAAUGAUCCAUGGCUAUUAGCAUCACUAAGCUAUGAUGGACGUUUAAUAUUAAAUCGUGUACCAAAAAAUGAAAAAUUCAAAAUAUUACUAAGAUGUCCAACUUAA